CUGUCGUUAUUGACCGUAUAGGUUCUCUCUCACACAAUGAACACUUGUGGGGAUAUAGGUUUAGAUUUGGGACUGAGGGAGGCUGCGUGUGUCCGAGGUUUUCCAGUCAAACGUCAGACGGGGUCCGGUGUUUGAUCAGCGGUUAUUUCAGAGCCAGUGAUCCUCCCGGAGUCCUGACGUCAAUUUAUAAGGAGCCAGCAGAGCCGGGGAGGCAGGCAGACAGCGGGGCCGAGGGGAAGGAAGACACAGAAAAGGCAGGAGGGAGAAAGAAAAGCGGACCAUGUUGAUCUGAAUCCUCCUUCGUUAUUGAGCUUUCCGUGACGCGCCGCAGCCCGAGCUGAAGAGAGGGGGGACCCGAGUCCUAAGACAGCAGGAAUGGGUAAGGACUACUACAAGAUCUUGGGAAUCCCCAAGGGUUCCAACGAGGAGGAGAUCAAGAAGGCGUACCGGCGCAUGGCCCUCCGCUUCCACCCCGACAAGAACAAGGAUGCCAACGCGGAGGAGAAGUUCAAAGAGAUCGCAGAGGCCUACGAGGUUCUCAGUGACCCCAAGAAGAGAGUCGUCUAUGAUCAGCUGGGAGAAGAAGGCCUGAAGACAGGAGGUAGUAGCUCCUCAGGCGCUCCCGGCAGCUCAACGUAUCACUACACUUUCCACGGAGACCCCCAUGCCACCUUCGCUUCCUUCUUUGGCGGCUCCAACCCCUUCGACAUGUUUUUUGGCUCCAACCGCAGCCACAGCCGCUCCAACGGUUUCUCCUUCCACAACGACCACAGCAACGACCCGGAGCAGGACGUGGAAAUGGACGAGGAGGACCCCUUUGCCCAUUUCGGGAGACAGUUUGGCUUUCCGGGAGGGAUGAAUAACGGCUUCCCCGGGGAGGGCCGCCGGAGGAGAGGGGGCCCGUCGGAGCGCUUGGGGGCCAGCCGAAAGCACCAGGACCCCCCGGUGGUCCAUGAGCUCAGGGUCUCGCUGGAGGAGAUCUUCCACGGCUGCACCAAGCGCAUGAAGAUCACCCGCCGGAGGCUGAACCCAGACGGCCGCAGCAUGAGGACGGAGGACAAGAUUCUCAACAUCGUCAUCAAGAAGGGCUGGAAAGAGGGCACCAAGAUCACUUUUCCAAAAGAGGGAGACGAGACCCCCGAGAACAUUCCCGCCGACAUAGCCUUUGUGCUUAAAGACAAAGGACAUGCCCACUUCAAGAGAGAUGGUUCCAAUAUCAUUUAUAACUGCAAGAUCAGCCUGAAAGAGAUAAGAGAGUUUAAGUCUGAUGCAGCUGAAGACGGAACGGGGGGAGAGAGGGAGAGAUGUGUCCAGGGUGGAGUGGAUAUCUGGGGAGUGUUCGGGAAGUGGGCGUUGUGUGGCUGCACGGUUAGUAUUCCCACGCUGGAAAACCGAGUCAUCUCGCUCCCCUGUCAUGACAUCAUCAAGCCAGGAACGGUGAAGCGACUCAGAGGGGAGGGCCUGCCUUUCCCAAAGAACCCCACACAGCGCGGUGACCUCAUUGUGGAGUUUUUUGUCCGUUUUCCCGACAGGAUCCCCCCACAGUCCAGAGAGAUUAUCAGACAGCACCUCCCUCAGUCGUAGGAAGACGCGCAUUCGCUCUUCCCAACGCCACACGCUCCGGACAGAACUCAGAAAAUCUAUCAGGAUUUUUUAUUUAUUCACGUUUGUCUGUUGGUCCAAGCACACACACAAGCACCUGAGUGUGUGCAGCGCUCAGCACAACUGUGUCUUUUACUUCUCGGACUUUUUUAAUGGAUUUGUCAGUGGAUUUCUAAGCCGUCCAUGUCACCGAUUCUGCUCAUUCUGUGAUAGGAUCAAAUAUUAAGCUUUGUUUUUUAAAGGACACCCCCCCUCAGAAUCUUCUCCUGCAAACGUUUUAGGAUAAGAUUCUUUGUUUUUACCUUGAGUGUACCAGCAGUUUUAGAGUGUUCACUUCAAAUCCUGGUUUUAGCUAAACUCCCCCGUUACUGCUCUGGGCCUGAUUAAGUAUUCUGUUUGAAGUCCAUAGACUGUUUAGUAGGAUCUGUGUCACCCAAAAUAAGUUGACUUGUUUAAGGCCACAGUUCAAUUACAGUGCAGUCUUACACAGGAUUACAUUAGAAUCCAAUUUAGCUGCAUUGGAAAAUCUGAAGAUGACAAUCGCAUAUUGUAAGAGCAACGUAAGCUUCAGUGUCAACAUCUGUAUGUAAAAUGGGUGCUUUUCCCCUCCGAGCUGCCUGGCUGCUCCGCACAGAAAAGCCUUGCUCCUUAUCUGAGGGACGUAUAGGUGCCUUAACCCAGUGACAUACCACAUAUGUGAAUGCGUGCACAGGGCACACUGUCAUAAAUCCAAACAGCCAUGGUAAGUGCACAGCAGAAAAAUGCCCUAAACUGUGUUAGACAUUAUCAUCAGCACUUGGUAAUUUCAGAUAAACACCACCAGUGAACAGUUUAAAGAUGAUGCAAAAUUGUACGCAAGCGAGAAUGUUUUUAAGAUAAGAUUUGAUACAAGGUAGAAGCGUUUUCUAAUUUUACCUGUGCGAAGUACCAAACUAUUUCAGGUUGGAUUUCCCAGGAAGAAUAUAAGCAUGGCUUUAUUCUUUAAAAAUCAAUGUUCCUCUGUCAGACCCAGCUGUUUUGUGAACACUCUGCUUUCUCUUUCCGUACUAAGGGCCAUGUCUCGGUGCUAAUGUGCGCAGUGCCAAAAACCCAUCACACUGGUGUCUGCUUCUGGGUUUCAUAGGAUCUAUGUGGUUUGAAAACUGCUUCUGGCCUCUCUUAACACUCGUACCUUGAGCUUUACAUAUGUGCAGCUCAGAGAAAAACCCUGUUUGGGAAACAGGUUGUGUAAUAUUGCAGCUGUGUCUCAGCCGCAGGGGGUCUGAAACCUCAGUUCUUCCUACUGUAAUUUACAUCAUUAUAACAUGUGUGUAUGAGCGCCGUAGGUCAUAUAUUAAGUUUGUAUGAAAAAAACGACAACAUUUGAAUGCAUCAUGGUUGACAAAUGCACUUUUUUUGUUGUACAAAGUACUGACAACACUGAGAGGGUGGGCGAGCCUCGACAGAAGUGUGUGUGUUACUGUCCGCGUUGCCUCUUCAGGCCCCAGAGGACACCGAGAUGAGGCUGCUGCCCAGAGACUCACUGUUACUGCUUAUCCGCAUUUUACAAUACUCAAAUAGUAUUUAUUAACUUUUGAAAUGGAAUAAAUAAGCCAACUGUGUGAAAUAAGGUUUGUGUUAUUUGCAUUACUUACGGAGGAGCUAUCAGCUACCCACUAAACAUGAUGUUGGUAUCAUUUGCUCCUCAAACUUUAUUCUGAGUGUCCUUUACAUGGACCUCGGUAACAAGGCUUAAAGUCGGGAUUAUAGUGUAACGACUGCAUAAAAAUGGUGAACCGGGUCAUUUCUGUCACCACGUAACUGAUCAAAGAAGCCUCGGGCCUUCGAUUUGAUACAGAUGUUUUAUUUGUGAUUUCUCCUCUCUGUUUUCCAGAUUUGAGAGAAUCAGGACCAUUUAACAGAUCUGGGUUCCAUUUCCUCCCACCUCAUUAACGACUUAUAUUUUUGCCCACUGAUUUUUAUGACAUUAAACAACUAUUUUAAGUAUAUCUUUUCAGAAUAUGCAACAGAUGAGAG